GAAUAAUUCUUAAACUAUCCACUUCCUUAUUAUUUCUAAUGAACAUCAGGAGUCAUGAAGAACGCCAACACAAAUGUUUCAUCAAUUCAAUUUAUCACAAAUGUGAUAUAUUAUUGGUCCCUUGAAACUGUGGCCGAUUUUCUGGAGAAUAAGUUGCCACAUUUGGAUUAUGAUAUUGACACUAGUUGGUUGACUGAAAGAAAAUCUGUCCUGGAAAUCUUGGUAUUCGAUUAUGCUCAUCACAACUCCAAAGAUAGAUCACUGAUGGGCCUUCUUUUAAAACAUGGUGCAAAUCCUUUGAAGAGACGUAGAUGCGGUGGAACCAUUAUUCAGGGGAUUCUACGGAUCAAGGAUCCUGCCUUGAUCAUCCAGUUCCUGGAAUAUGUGGAGGACAUCAACAUGAUACACGGUAAUUGUACUGCGUUGCAUAUAGCCGUUAAAAGAAAAUUGAAAGACGUGGUGGAGUACAUUGUUGGGAGAAAUGCAGAUAUAAAUAAAAAGUCUUAUAACGGGUGUACACCUUUGCAUGAAUCGGUGAAAACUAAAAGUGUUGAUAUAACGAAAAUCCUUCUAGAAAAUGGGGCGGACAUCGAUGUAAAAAAUGAAACAGGUGAAACACCACUGCAUUUGGCCUUCAAAUACAAUAAUCCUGAUCAAGUCAGGACGUUGAUAAUAAACGGUGCAGACGUGAAUGCUACAGAUGCUGUGGAAAGAACUCCUCUACAUUUUAUGUGCUCUAAAAAAUCAUUUAAUUUUGAAUUAUAUGAGCUACUGCUAGAAAAGUGUGACGUUAAUGCAAAAGACGUCGAUGGAGCUACACCGUUGCAUUAUUUGAUGAGAUCCUUACCGGUAGAUUCAUCAAUAUCUAAGAAAAAAAAAUUGAUAAAUUUAUUUUUGAAAUAUGGCGGUAAUUUACACGAAUCAUACCGCUUCUUCGGUACAGUAGUACAUGCUGCAGCCUUUUUAAAUCAUACUGUUCCGUUUUUGACCUUCUUAAUAGAAAAAGGUGCAGAUAGAGCCUUUGCGGACAUAGGCAGAGUAACAUUCAUGCGUUGUAUACAAUUGAGGAACGGCGAAGAUAAAGUUGAAGAAGUACUGAAGUUUUUGUUUGCACGAGAAUGUGCAAGCAAAUUUCAAUUUACCGAAAAUCUUUUGACAUUCAUUGAGUCAGACGAAAAAUUCAUUGAGUUACAGAAGUCAUGUAAAAAGGAGUUGAGCAUUCUUAAGUAUAAAAAGUUGAUAGUUAACGAUACUUUAUCGUUGUUCGCGGUGUUGUCAACAAAUGAGAGGGACUUAGCGAAUCUUUAUCGUCAGUAUCCUCUAAGAACUAAUGAAAUCGCCGAUUUUGAAACGGAAAGGUUUCCAAUUUAUGGGAAUGAUUUGGUAAGAAAUCAUAAAAAGGCUGUAGCGAUACUUGACGCAGAAAUUUUAAUAUGCGAUUUCCUGACUGAAACUAGUAACAAUGUUUUGGAUCAAUAUUCAAUUUAUGAGAUCGUUAAGUUUAUACCUACUCAGGCCAUUCUCAAAGUACCUUCAAAAUUACUUUAA